AAAAAAAAAAAAAAGAAAAAAAACUUGGCAACUCUUUCAUCUUUUUUUUCUAUUUACAUUAUGGAAGGCGGUUUAUUAGCUGAAAUUCAACGAGGUAAAGCCUUAAAGAAGGCACAAACGAACGAUAGGUCUAAGCCUAUGAUCGAUGUCAAACCUUCGAAGCCAUCUGGUGGCUCACCAAUGGGAAUGGCAAGACCUCCUAUACCUACAGGUGGUGCUCCUUCAUUACAACAUACAGCUUCAGCUCCACCCUCUGCUCCUGCACCAGCUCCAGCUGCUGCUCAAUUGGGUGGACUGUUUGCUCAUGGUAUGCCAACACUGCGAAAGACAAGAGGUGCCGCUGUAGACACAGGAAGAGGAUUCUCCGGUUCUUCUGGUGCUGCAGCAUCACCUUCAAUUCCAGCCCCACCUCCACCUACACCAGGUCGAUCACCAGCAUUUAACAAUAAUAGCGUGAAACCACCCAAAUUAACCAGUAAUAAUACCUUGCCGAAGAAUUUUAAAGCACCACCUCCCAUCCCGGGCAGAGCAUUGCCUCAAUUCGGUAGUAGUGCACCUUCUGCUCCACCUCCUCCGCCUCCACCCACAACAUCAUCUUUUAACGCUGGUGGUGGACCUCCUCCACCCCCUCCUCCACCUCCACCUCCUCCACAAUCCGGGCCCUCCGGUGUAUCGCCCAAAAUUCAAGCAGCCCUUGUUCCUCCCGUACCAGGCCGUUCAAGAUCAAAUAGUUCACCUCUUCGACCUGUACCACCUCCCCCGCCUAGAGCAAUUCCAUCUCCGCCUGCCAAUGCAGCCAAUUUACCACCACCACCACCACCACCAGCGAUGGGAAGAGGAAAUAUCGGUGCACCAAAAUUUGGACUUCCAGGUGGUCGACCUUCAUUAGCGGUACCACCUGUAUUACCACCAGGACGACCUAGAUCCGCUUCCAAUUCAUCAUUUAAUAAUAACAAUCAAGGAAGACAGUCUCCUGUGGCUACACCACCACGAUCCCCAUUGCCUCCUCCUCCACCUUCAAUUGGUGCAGGAAAUAGUCGAGUACCUACAGCACCUGUGAAUCGACAACCUACACUGACACCAUUAAUGGGAUUAAGACCUUCUGCACCCACAUAUAACUCACAGCAGCAACAGCAGCAACAGCAGCAACAGCAGGUACCAUUAACAGAAGGAGGUGGUAGAUAUACUUUUAGACCUACAUCAGAUUUGCCCUUGCCAAGGACAGUAAAUAUUUCACGCCACGUUUACCCCAGUGGAGAAAGCAAAGGAAAUGCUUAUCCUUUAGAUUAUUCCAAGUUUCGUUAA